AUGUCUGCUUUAAGAUCAUUUCAACGUUCUUCAAACUUAGCUAAGUCAAGUAUCUAUAGAUCAAUUAGAACUUAUGCUACUGCUGAACCAACUUUAAAACAAAGAUUAGAAGAAAUUUUACCAGAAAAAGCUGAAGAAAUUAAACAAUUGAAAAAAGAACAUGGUAAAACUGUUAUUGGUGAAUUAUUAUUAGAACAAGCUUAUGGUGGUAUGAGAGGUGUUAAAGGUUUAGUAUGGGAAGGUUCAGUUUUAGAUCCAAUUGAAGGUAUAAGAUUUAGAAAUAAAACAAUUCCAGAUAUUCAAAAAGAAUUACCAAAAGCUCCAGGUGGUAAUGAACCUUUACCAGAAGCUUUAUUUUGGUUAUUAUUAACUGGUGAAGUUCCAACUGAAGCUCAAACUAAAGCAUUUUCUGAAGAAUUGGCUGCAAGAGCUGAAUUACCAAAACAUGUUGAAGAUUUAUUAGAUAGAUGUCCAACUUCAUUACAUCCAAUGGCUCAAUUUUCAAUUGCUAUUAAUGCUUUGGAAUCAGAGUCAGAAUUUGCUAAAGCUUAUGCUAAAGGUGUAAAUAAAAAGGAUUAUUGGAGAUAUACUUUUGAUGAUUCAAUUAAUUUAUUAGCUAAAUUACCUGCAAUUGCUGCUAAAAUUUAUAGAAAUGUUUUCCAUGAUGGUAAAUUACCAGCUUCAAUUGAUCCAAAAUUAGAUUAUGGUGCUAAUUUAGCUGCUUUAUUAGGUUUUGGUGAUAAUAAAGAAUUUUUAGAAUUAAUGAGAUUAUAUUUAACUAUUCAUUCAGAUCAUGAAGGUGGUAAUGUUUCAGCUCAUACUACCCAUUUAGUUGGUUCAGCCUUAUCAUCACCAAUGUUAUCAUUAGCCGCUGGUUUAAAUGGUUUAGCUGGUCCAUUACAUGGUAGAGCAAAUCAAGAAGUUUUAGAAUGGUUAUUUAAAUUAAGAGAUGAAUUAAAUGGUGAUUAUUCAAAAGAAGCUAUUGAAAAAUAUCUUUGGGAAACUUUAAAUGCUGGUAGAGUUGUUCCAGGUUAUGGUCAUGCUGUUUUAAGAAAAACUGAUCCAAGAUAUACUGCUCAAAGAGAAUUUGCUUUAAAACAUAUGCCAGAUUAUGAUUUAUUCAAAUUAGUUUCAAAUAUUUAUGAAGUUGCUCCAGGUGUAUUGACAAAACAUGGAAAAACAAAGAAUCCAUGGCCAAAUGUAGACAGUCAUUCCGGUGUCUUAUUACAAUACUACGGACUUACUGAAGAAUCAUUUUACACAGUCUUAUUCGGUGUUUCCAGAGCUUUUGGUGUCUUACCACAAUUAAUUAUUGAUAGAGCUGUUGGUAUGCCAAUUGAAAGACCAAAAUCAUUUUCAACUGAAAAAUACAUUGAAUUAGUUAAAAACAUCCAAGCAGGAAAAAACUAG